AUGCACUCCCAACCUCUCCUCGUCGUCACCGCCGUUCUUCUCGGUCAAGCUGCGGCCCAGCUUCAUACAGUUACCGCUCAGUGCACUCCGGAACCAGACUGCAACAAGAACAAUGUCGGUGUAGCGUGCAAAGUCACAUGCAUAGACAACCCUGGCGGCACUCGCGUUACCACGGGCUUCUGCAAGAGCGGCGUUUUCGGAGUCAGCUGUACUCCCUAA